AUGGCUCAAAAGUGUCGCGCAGUGAUAGGUGCCAUAGACUUUCUGAAGGGAAGACAUCUCGAUAUUAAUCAAUUGGACGAUGCUAGAACUCGACUAGUAUGUCUAUCUCAAUUUCUGGCAAAACUGGAGGAGGUUCAGCCUGAGAAUACAAUAUCCACACAACUAGGGGCCUUAUUUCAACAAGCUCGUGAUGGUUUUUCUGAGAUAUGUAAUCCCAUGACUAAAAGUUACACAAAGGCGCUGAAAAUAAUUAAACUGGAAGCUUCAAAGCCAUCAAUAUCAACUAGAAAAAUGAUAUUAGAGGUGCUGAAAAAACUUAGGCCCUGGGGUAUUUGUAGACGAAUCAGAAAAUCAAAUCCAUCAACGUCAUCUAGACAAAUAAUUACUAUGGAGAUGGUGACGUUUGUCAAUAUUUUGCUUGAUUAUGUACAGGAUCGUACCCCUGAGUUUUCCAAUUAUCUGCGACCUCUACAAGCCAUCUUCACAUUAACUGCAAGUUGGUGCAUUGAGCAUGAGAAUAUGCGGUAUUUCUUCAUCCAUGUUGAGAAUCUAGCUUAUACUGCACUAGAACUAUGUGUCCUAACGACGCACCCCCAUUAUGUGAACUCUGAGUGGCAGGAAUCGAUAAGUGUUUUCGAUUAUCAUUUUGGGCAGAUAGAUAAGAGCCUCUUGACAGCGUUAAAGUCAUCAAGAUCAGAGACUACAUUGAAGUCUGGAUGUAUGGUUGAUUGUGUUAAUGCUCUACGAGAGGAUCUGGAGGUGCAUCCAAGCCAUGUUAGAAUUCAGUCGCUCGAAGAAGGACUUCUUAACAUUUCUAAAUUUCUUCUCGAAUAUACAGGCACUCAACUCAGAAUAUUCAGUUCUCUUCAGUCACUUAUUGAAGUUCUGGUCUUUGAGGCAGCAUUUCUGAUCAACUCCUAUGAUGAGGAUCUUGUUUUUGUUUUGAAGCCGAGGCUUAGUCAUGUCAAUGUAGUAAUCGAACUGAUUCAACUACGUAACAGUCAAGCAAUCAUGACAGAUCUGAUUGACUAUGCUUUGGAAGAGCUGAUAGUCGUGACAACUUUUCUCAUGGAUUCAUUAGAGCAGUGCAAACAGCAACCUAAGAUAACUGAUCUUUUAACUCUUAUCCAAUCUGUGACUAACGAAGCAUGUUCAGCUAUUAAAAAUCUUUUAUAUAAUACAAGACAAGAAGACUUGGUCAUUGGUUCUUACUUAAAUUCCUCAAAGAAAUCAGCCUCUGGUCACGACAACAUGGAUUUAGUUAUGAUGGGGUUUCAUGAAUAUAUUAUUGACAAUCUGCUACUGAAGCUUGAAACUGAUUUGUCAUUUACAUCAGAUGAUGUUAAAAAGUUCUACGAUGGAUUGUUGCUCCUGUUAACAUAUCUUCUUGAUCCUCUAUCUCAGUGCAGUGGAUUUGGAACUACUGCAAUUGAGGCCGAAUCUGUGAAUAGCAACAAAAGUAGGAAGGGCAAUCUAGUUCUUCAGUUUUUGACUGAGGCUUUCAAGCUUAUCGAAUGUGAGAGAAGCUUUAUGGAUCUACUGAAGCACAAAGACACUUUGGAAGCUCACACUCUAGAUAUGAUUGAAAGUUCUCAUGAAGACCUUAUUUAUCUUAGAGUUCUUCUCAUAGGUGUUCUCAGCCAAAACACAGUCCUUAAUGAAUUCCAUGAUGUCUUAAUGCAUGCUAAAGUGACUGCCAACAAGAUGACACAAAUCAUCAAGGGAAGAAGCAUUGAGAAAAUUGGGCAUUUAUUAUCUGACAUUGAGUCUGUCAAUGUAGAGGUCAGAAAAGUAUGCUUUCAAUUUCUUGAUGCAUCACCUUACAACAUGACAGAUGGGGAAGGCCUUAUUAGAUUCUUAUCGAAACACCAGGACUGGCUGCUCAACUUUGAUGCUUGUUCAAUUCCUUUUCUGAAGAACCAGAUCCCAGUAAUCAAAGACAAACUAUUUUAUUUGGGUUCUUUUAUUGCAGAUAUUGUACAGCAUCGCAAGAUGCAUCAAGAGCUCAAAGAUCUUGUGAAACAUGUUCAACAUAUAAAGUUUGUCUGUCUCUUUCCCAUCAGGGAUAAUGCACCUUCUUGGUGUUACAGGCAAUAUCUCUCUGAUGUCAAGCAAUUGCUUAAGUUUGUCGAGACAAAGGUCGAAGCGAUUUGUCUCAAAGUUCCAGAUUCUUCAAGUCAUAGCUUCCCCAAGAUAAAUGAACUAGGAUCACUCUAUUGUUUCUUGGGAAAAUUGGAUGAGAUGCUAAGUUCUAAGAUCGAUUCAGUUAUCGACUUAAAACUUCAAAUUGGGUCAGUGAAGGAGGGUUUAUUGUGUCUAAGAACAUUGACUGAUCAUUUCCCAGAAAUCAACGAUGAGCAUGAUGAAGUUUAUAGUCUUAUAACAAGAGUUACUGCAAUGGCAUACGAGGCAGAGUAUGUCAUAGACUCGUGCUUGACCUAUUCUUAUCCACUCUGGUACAAAGUUCUUUGGAUUUCUGAAGCUGUUGAGAAUAUUAAGCUUGUAAAUGAAGUUGUUAGAGAAACAUGUGAAAGAAAGAAGAUAGACGUGAUGGUGCACAAAGUUAAAAAGACCUCAACGAAUCUUGUGCCGUCUUUAUCAGCUAAUAGUGAAGGAUCAAAUGAAGAAAUGGAGAGUUUCCAGGAGGCGAUGGACCAAAUGAAGAAGCAGCUACUCCAAGGUUCACGUCAGCUAGAUGUAAUCUCAUUGGUCGGCAUGCCGGGAAUCGGUAAGACUACUCUUGCCGAGAAGAUUUACAAUGAUCCAGUAAUCACCUCUUGGUUUGAUGUCCGUGCUCAGUGUCGCAUGACUCAAGCAUAUUCAUGGAGAGGUUUGUUGCUCUCCAUUUUGAGUGGUGUGCUUGAGCCUAUUGAUCGCAAUGAAAAGGAAGAUGGCGAAUUAGCUAAGGAGCUGCGUCAAUUCUUGUUGACCAAGAGAUUCUUAAUUCUCAUUGACGAUGUGUGGGAUGAUAAAGUGUGGGACAAUAUACAUAUGUGCUUCAAAGAUGCUCGGAAUGGGAGUAGAAUUAUUCUAACAACACGUCUGAGUAGCGUUGCCAAUUAUGCUAAAUGUGAAAGUGAACCUCAUCAUCUUCGCUUGUUCAGAGAUGAUGAGAGUUGGACAUUAUUACAGCAAGAGCUGUUUCAAGGGAAGAGUUGUCCGCCUGAAAUUGUUGAUGUGGGGUUUCGAAUAGCAAAAAUAUGUGGAGGGUUGCCUCUCUUCAUUGUAUUAGUUGCUGGUGUUCUCAAAGAGAAAAAGCUAAUAAAAGCAGAAUUGUGGAAGGAAAUAGAAGAAAGUCUAUGUUUGCUGAAUAUUGAUAGCUUGGAAGAGAGCAUGUCUAUAAUUGGAUUUAGUUACAGGAAUUUACCACAACAGCUGAAGCCUUGUUUUCUCUAUUUUGGAGGACUUUUAAAGGGGAAGGAUAUUCAUGUCUCAAAAUUGACUCGGUUAUGGGUAGCUGAGGGUUUUGUACAAGCAAAUGAUGAAAAAGGACUAGAAGAUGCUGCAGAAUGUCUCUUGGAAGAUCUUAUUAGUAGAAAUUUAGUCAUGGGCGUGGAGAAGAGACCCAAUGGAAAGCUCAAAACAUGUCGUGUUCAUGAUCUGUUGCAUAAGUUCUGCUUGGAGAAGUCCAAACAGGAGAAUUUCCUUCUUCAUAUCAAUGGAUUCACUGGAGAGGAUUCAUUUCCUGAAAUGUCUAUGGAUUACCGGUUGUUUGUUCAUUCUUCUGAGGAUCAGAUUGAUCUGUGGCAGCCAUCUCGCUCAAAUGUUCGCUCUUUGCUUUUCAAUGUGAUUGAUUCAGAUAACUUGUUAUGGCCGCAUGACAUCUCUUUCAUCUUUGACAGCUUCAAACUUGUUAAGGUGUUGGAUUUGGAAUCUGUCAACAUUGGUGGUACUUUUCCUAGUGAAAUACAAUUUCUAAUUCAUUUGAAGUAUUUUGCUGCUAAAACUGGUGGAAAUUCAAUUCCUUCAUGUAUAGCUAAUCUUUGGAAUCUCGAAACUUUUGUGAUAAGAGGAUUGGGAGGAGAGGUGAUACUACCUAGUUCACUUCUAAAGAUGGUUAAAAUAAGGAAUAUACAUGUAACUCAUCGUGCUUCAUUUAGUUUGCAUGAGAAUAUGGGUGAAUCACUUGCGGACUCUCAAUUAGAUAAUUUGGAAACCUUUUCCACUCCACAUUUCUCUUACGGUGAAGAUACAGAUAUGAUAUUGAGAAAGAUGCCAAAAUUGAGAAAGCUGAGUUGCAUAUUUUCGGGGACAUUUGGCUAUUCAGAGAAAGUGAAGGGAAGGUGUAUUCUCUAUCCCAGAUUAGAGUUUCUAUGUCAGCUUGAAUCCCUUAAGGUUGUCUCCAACAGCUAUCCAGGUAAACUUCCACAUGUCUUCAGUUUUCCCUCAAGACUUAGGGAAUUGACUCUGUCAAAGUUUCGUCUACCAUGGAGCCAAAUCUUGAGUAUUGGAGAACUUCCUAACUUGAAGAUUCUAAAGUUACUUCUCAGAACCUUUGAAGGGGAUGAAUGGGAAGUGAAAGAUUCAGAGUUCCGUGAACUCAAAUACUUAGAAUUGGAGAACCUCAACAUUGCACAGUGGUCUGUCUCCGAGGAUGCUUUCCCUAUUCUUGAACGUUUGGUUUUAACCAAAUGUAAGCGGCUUAAGAAAAUCCCUUCUCAUUUUGACGACGCUGUAUCAUUAAAAAGCAUUGAAGUAAACUGGUGCAGCUUGGGUGUUGCUAAUUCAGCCAAGGAAAUUCAAGCGUUUCAGCAUGAUGAAAUAGCAAAUGAUGCAUUCAAAGUUACUAUACAGCCGCCAGAUUGGGAUAGAAAUUCAUCUCCUUGACUCGUUAUCUGGCUUGAAAACAGAAGAUGGAGGAAGACCUCAGCUAGGUGGAUUUUCUGUUGAAGGAUCUUCAGCAAUAAGUGAAGUUUUCGAAUAAAUUUCAACUUAGUGAUUUGUGUAACUUGUAAUGAAUUUAUGAGCAAGAGCUCACGUCCUUACUCUAAAGUCUAAACUAUUGGAAAUGUGAAAUUAUUGUUAUCAGUGUGCUACAUUCUUUUUAGAUCAGUAUCUUGAAAAAUUGUCGUUAUCAGUGUACUAAAUUUCUUGAACUUGUAGAAUUGUGGGAUUUACUAUGCAUAAUCCUUAUU